AUGGGCAGCAUAGAGGAGCCUCGCCCUGGCACCGAGCCCAUCGCCAUCAUUGGGCUGGGAUGCAAGUUUGCAGGAGAUGCCAAAGAUCCUCAAGGCUUCUGGAAGCUGCUGUCGGAAGGCCGAAGCGCUUGGUCCAAGAUUCCUUCAGACAGAUUCAAUACCACUUCUGUCUAUCACAAGAACCCAGAGAAGUCUGGGACCGUAAGUCCGCCGUUGUCGAAGGAUGUCACACAUAAUGUCGCCGGUGCCCACUUCAUCAGUGAAGAUCUGGCGCACUUCGACGCCGCAUUCUUUAACCUAUCAGCAGAAACUGCAGCAGCCCUUGAUCCUCAAUUCCGACUCCAGCUCGAAUCUGUAUACGAAGCAAUAGAAAACGCCGGCCUCUCUCUGGCCCAACUCGAGGGCUCUCCAACCUCCGUCUACGCCGGCAUUACAGUCCAGGACUACAAGGACAACCUCGUCCGAGAUGGAGACAAUCUGCCACGAAACUACGCCAUCGGCACGGGCUCAGCCUUUGCUGCCAACCGUGUAUCACAUUUCUUUGACUUGCGAGGCGCAAGUAUGACCAUUGACACCGGUUGCUCGACGACGCUGGUAGCGUUGCAUCAGGCAGUGCAUUCGCUGAGAAGUCGUGAAAGCGACAUGGCCAUCGUUGGUGGCUCGAAUCUGAUUUCCUGUCUGAACAUUGCUGACUUCAACAGUUUUCUCGGGCAGGACGGUAGAUCAUACGCCUUCGACCAGCGAGCUAAUGGCUACGGUCGAGGUGACGGUGUUGCGACUAUCAUCGUCAAGCGUCUAGCAGACGCCCUCAUCGACCGCGAUCCAAUCCGUGCAGUGGUACGGGAGACUGCCCUCAACCAAGACGGCAAGACAGAGAGCAUUACCUCGCCCAGUCAAGCAGCCCAAACGGCCAUGAUGCAAGAGUGCUACAGGCGAGCCAAGCUUGAUCCUCGCGAUACGCAGUACUUCGAAGCCCAUGGAACGGGUACUCCAACGGGCGACUUCAUCGAGGCUGGCGCUAUGGCAUCCAUGUUCAAGCAUGGAAGACUCCCCAAUCAGCCUCUUCUCAUUGGAUCGGCGAAGACCAACAUCGGUCACGCCGAGACGACAAGUGGUCUUGCUGGCAUUAUCAAAGUCAUUCUGGCCAUGGAGAACAACAUCAUCCCACCGUCGGUCAACUUCCAGGAGUUGAACAGGAAAAUCCCCUUCGAGGAGUGGCGGCUGAAGCUUGUCACGGAGUCCAUCAAGUGGCCCGUCCAAGCAGGCCAGGCGAAGAGAGCGUCCAUCAACAACUUCGGUUAUGGUGGUUCCAAUGCCCACGUCAUCAUCGAGAGCACAGAGAACUGGAAGCUGGACGAUUUCGGGCCUACUCCAGUGGCACAGAAGACUGACAAUGCCGUCGGUCUGCUGAUGCUCAGCGCGAAGAGCGAAAAGGCCUGCAAGAGCAUGGUCAGCAAUCUGAGAGAAUACCUCGAGACUUACCGUGGCAACCGUGACCCUCAGGAACUCCUCGAAUCUAUCGUCUAUACCCUCGGCCAGCGUCGCAGUCUCUUCCCAUGGAUCGCAGCGCAGCCAAUCUCGUUAACCUCCGGUCUUGAAGAUGUCACCAAGGCACUGGAGAACCCAAUGCAGUUCAAGCCUAGUCGUACUUCGCGGAAGCAACGCCUUGCAUUUGCUUUCACCGGCCAGGGUGCACAAUGGCAUGCCAUGGGCCGUGAGCUCAUCUCAGGAUACCCAUCGUUCCGAGCAACUCUACAGGCUGCAGAGAAGCACCUUCAAAGCAUGGGCGCUGACUGGUCUCUGUUCGAAGAGCUUGACCGCGAUGAGAAGUCGACCAGAGUAAACGACACGAGCAUGAGCAUUCCCAUCUGCGUGGCUCUCCAGAUCGCCGUGGUUGAGCUCCUUCGAUCAUGGGGCAUCAGCCCUGUUGCAGUCGUCAGCCAUUCCAGCGGUGAGGUCGCAGCUGCAUACACUGUUGGAGCACUCGAUUUGAGAUCUGCCAUGGCUGUUGCAUACCACCGUGCGGUGCUCACUGCCAACCACAACGCAAAGUCAUCACUCAAGGGUGGCAUGAUCGCUGUUGGUGUUGGCGCCGAUGAGACCGAGGAGUACCUGUCCAAGCUGACCUGCGGCGGCAAAGCAGUAGCAGCUUGCAUCAACAGCCCUUCGAGCGUCACUGUCGCUGGUGAUGUGGCGGCUGUUGAGGAGGUCGAGCAGAUGAUGAAGGCCGAUAACGUAUUCGCUCGUCGGCUGAGAGUCAACGCUGCCUACCACUCUCACCACAUGGACCCCAUCGCUGAGCCUUAUGGCGAGGCUCUUACCAAGGAGGAGCUGACUGGUCCAAACCAAGGCGAGCUCGACUCCAUUGCAUACUCAUCACCAGUCACUGGUGAUCGCAUCCAAGAUGCCGAGCAGCUCACCGACCCUGAGCACUGGGUGGCCAGUAUGGUUCAGCCAGUGCAGUUCGUCGACGCCUUCACCGACAUGGUGCUUGGAGACUUCGAUGCAUCAGGGAGCAGCAUCGACUCCGUUGUCGAGAUCGGUCCUCACACCGCACUUGGCAGUGCCAUGAAGGACAUUCUCGGCCUGCCCCUCUUCAACGGCCUCCAGCUGCCAUACAGCGGCAGUCUCGUCCGAAAGACCGACGCAAGACAGAGCAUGCAGGCUCUCGCGGGCACACUCCUCUGUCAAGGACACGGGAUAAAGAUUGAAGCGAUCAACUUCCCCGAAGGCGUUCCAGCCAAUGUCAGCGUGGUGACAGAUCUUCCUUCAUACCCAUGGGUCCAUGAGACACGACAUUGGCAAGAGAAUCGCCUGAACCGCGCAUUCAGAGAGCGAAGCCAGCCUACGCAUGAGUUGCUGGGCCAAGUAGCGGUAUGGUCAAACCCAACGUCGCCAAUGUGGAGGAACAUCCUAAAGCUGAACGACAACGCUUGGCUGCGAGACCACAUUGUCGAGUCUAGCAUUGUCUACCCGGGAGCUGCAUUCAUGUGCUUGGCUAUGGAGGCCGUGCAGCAGAUGUCUGCUCAGCAGGGCGAUCAAGCCCCAAUCCUCGGAUUCCAUCUUCGUGAGGUCGACUUGCAAGCUGCGUUGAUCGUACCGGACAACGUCGACGGCGUCGAGCUGCAGACCAUCCUAUCGCCAGCAGACGACAAGACGAUCGCGUACAAGGACUGGAAGAAGUUCGAGAUCGUCAGCGUCUCAGCCGAUGGCGACUGGAAGCAGCACGCACAGGGCAUGAUCUCUGCUGAAUACAGCAGUGUUCUCGUCAACAGCUCCAAGAAGCUCACCGGAUACACUCGAAAGUAUGAUGUCGAAGAGUUCUACGCCACUCUCCGCAGAGUUGGCAUCAAGCAUGGACCGGCUUUCCAGAACCUCAACAGUAUCGAGCACUCCAAGGAGCAGAGCAAGUCCGUUUCGUCAAUCAGCAUGCCCGACACUGACCCAACGAACUCAUUGCCCACCGACUGCAUCAUCCAGCCGGUGCUCCUCGACACGAUCGUCCAGGCAGCUUACACUGCUCUGCCUCGAGCGGGUGGCCAGAUGGACAGCGCCAUGGUCCCCAGGUCUGUCCAAAGCCUCUGGGUGUCGAACCUGAAGCCUUCCGCAAACCUCGAGGCCUUGUCGAGCGUCAGCCACGCCGACUCCCAGACCUUCCGCACCAACAUUUCUGUGACAGACCGAGUAGGCGGCGGUCUUGCAGUCAAGCUCGACAACUUGACCUUCCAGUCUCUCGGCCAAGGCUCUGCACCUGCUGUUGCUCAGCCAUGGGAAGCCGAAGUCUGCAGCAAGCUGGAGUGGGUGCCAGACGUUACUAUGACCUCGCCGGUUGCUCUCGAGAAGAUGAGACGCGAGAUGGCACAUGCCCCAGAUCCAACCGAGCUUGACAUGGUCGAAGAACUGCGCCGUGUGUGCGUGUACUAUGCUCAAGACGCCCUUGGUCUUGUCCCCAAGUCUUACUGCCCUGGCCUCGAGGGGUACUUCCAGAAGUACUACACCUGGUUGCAAGACCAGAUCAAGCUGGCGGAUGCUGGUGUACUUGGUUCUGACUCGGCGACAUGGACGAAAGACAGCCCUGAAGAGCGCAAGAAGCACAUCGAGAACGUUCGCACUGCCAGCGUCAACGGUGAGAUGGUCGUCCAGCUUGGUCCUCACCUUGCCCCAAUGCUCCGCGGCGAGCUGGCACCACUCGAGCUUAUGAUGGAGGAGAGUCUCCUGACCAAGUACUAUCGUAACGUCCUGAAGUGGCACCGUUCCUUUGAAGACGCCGCUUCUCUCCUCAAAGAUGUGGUGCAACAGAACCCACAAUCACGCAUUCUCGAGAUCGGCGGUGGUACUGGUGGCGGUACUCACUAUAUGCUCGAUGUGAUCGGUAACGCCGAGACUGGAGGCCCGUUGGCUUCCGCCUACCACUUCACCGACAUCUCCAGCGGAUUCUUCGAGGCUGCGAGGAAGGAAUUCGCAGCCUGGGACGACAUCAUGCAGUACAGCAAGGUCGACAUCGAGCAAGACCCAGUCGCUCAAGGGCUUGAGUAUGGCAGCUACGAUGUCAUCGUUGCUUGCCAAGUUCUGCACGCUACUGAGUCAAUGAGAAAGACCAUGGCCAAUGUGCGGAAGCUGUUGAAGCCGGGAGGCAAGCUCUUGCUUGUUGAGACAACCAACGAUCAGCUUGACGUGCAGUUCGUCUUCGGCCUGGUGCCGGGUUGGUGGCUCAGUGAGGAGGCUGAACGCCAGACCAGUCCAAACUUGACCCCUGCCUUGUGGGAUCAAGUACUGAAGGAGACUGGAUUCAGCGGCAACGAUGUCGAGAUCCCCGAUUGCGAGGACGAGGCAUACGCCACCAGCGCUAUCAUGUCGACAGCAACCUCUCCAGCGGAAACGAAGCUGCCACCAGCGGACGACUGCGUGAUUGUCACUAGCAGCAGAAACCCUGCUCCGGAGAAGUGGCUGCAAUCGUUGCGGUCGACUCUCGGUCAAGAAGCGUCCUACAACGGCGUCGCCACUCUCGAGACAGCCGCCAAGCAUGUCUACGCCAACAAGAUCUGUAUCUUCGUUGGAGACGCAGGCGAAGAGGCUGUCUUGCAUGGCCUUGACGACGAGGGCCUGGCUGGAAUCAAAGCCAUGGCGACCUCGUGUCAAGGCCUCCUGUGGGUAACUCGAGGAGGUGUUCUGAACUGCGAGAAGCCAGAGCACAGCCUGGCAGCAGGUUUCCUCCGCAGUUUGCGAAACGAGUACGUCGGUCGUAAGCUCCUCACUCUGGACCUCGACCCAGCGGCGCCCGUGUGGUCAGACGGAAGCCUCUCUACCAUCAUUCAAAUCUUGAAGGCGAAGUUUGGUCAAGUGCUGAGCUCCAGUGCCACUGAAGUCGAUCUCUCUGACUUUGAGUAUGCUGAGAGAGCUGGCAGCGUCCUGGUACCACGCAUGUUCAAGGACAUCUCCCGCAACAAGGCCCUCUCGCCUGAUCCGGUCAGCGAGACUGUCUUUGAGAGCGGUCCACUGCGUCAAGAGACUCGUCCACUGAGCUUGCAAGUCGGCAAUCCUGGCAUGCUGGACACCAUUGCAUUCGGAGACGACGAGCGAGCCUGCUGCACUGCCGAGACCAUUGCCAAGGAUGUGGUCAAGGUCAGCCCCAAGGCUUAUGGCGUCAACUUCCGCGAUGUCAUGGUCGCCAUGGGAGCGCUCGAGGAGCGUGUCAUGGGUCUCGAGUGCGCUGGCACCAUCACUGACCUCGGAUCGGAAGCUGCAGAGCAAGGCCUCAAGGUCGGCGACUCGGUCAUGUGCCUCCUCGAUGGACCGUUUGCCAGCGACGCAUAUGUCCAGUGCCCCAAGGUGGUGCCGAUGCCCAGUGAUUUGAGCUUCGAGGCAGCUGCAUCGAUUCCUCUUGUCUUCGCAACGGCUUACUACAGCAUUUUGGACACUGCUCGCCUGCGAGCUGGCCAGUCCAUCUUGAUCCACGCCGCUGCCGGUGGUGUCGGUCAGGCUGCCAUCAUUCUGGCCCAGCACAUCGGUGCGACCAUCUACGCAACAGUCGGAUCUGUCGAGAAGAAGAAGCUGUUGACUGAGAAGUUUGGCAUCCCCGCCGACCGAAUCUUCAACAGCCGAAACAAGUCGUUCGUUCCGGACGUUCUCGCAGCAACCAACAACCGCGGCGUUGAUGUCGUUCUCAACUCGCUAGCUGGUCCCUUGCUCCAGGCGAGCUUCGACAUUGUUGCUCCGUUCGGCCAUUUCGUCGAGAUCGGAAAGAGUGAUCUGGAACGCAAUAGCAGCCUGGCCAUGAGCAACUUCGCCCGCCACGUGUCCUUCUCCUCUGUCGAUGUCCUUGCCAUGGUCCGCCAGCGACAAGACGAGGUCCACCGGGUGUUGAAGGAGGUCGCUGCUCUGACUGCUGCCAAGGUCGUCAAGCCGGUCGCUCCAGUGACAGUCUACCCCAUCGCAGAGGCAGCCAAGGCCUUCCGAUUGCUACAGACUGGCAAACACACCGGCAAAGUCGUCCUGUCUGUUGACUCUGACGCCCAGGUGCCCAUCAUUCCACAACGUACCAGCACUCGACUCUCACCCAAGGCUUCCUAUCUGCUCGUCGGCGGUGUCGGUGGUAUUGGCCAAUCUCUCGCUAGAUGGAUGAUUCAGCACGGAGCGAAGAACCUCAUCCUGCUGUCAAGAAGCGCCGGAAAGGCUGGCUCAAUCGCAAGCAUCGAAGAGCAAGCCCAGCAAGCAGGCUGCCGUGUGAAGGGCAUCAGCUGCGAUGUCUCCAAGAUCGCUGACCUCAAUGCUGCUCUACAAGCCUGCAAAGAUGAAGGAUUCCCUCCAGUUCGAGGUAUCGUUCAGGGAGCGAUGGUGCUCAAGGACGCCAUCCUCGAGCAGAUGACGCUCCAAGACUACAACACUGCCAUCCAGCCCAAGGUCGCCGGUACAUGGAAUCUGCACGCCGCAUUCCCCAAGACGCAGGAUCUCGACUUCUUCGUCUUGCUGUCCUCGAUCGUCGGCAUCCUCGGCAACGCCAGUCAGGCGAACUACUCCGCUGCAGGAUCUUACCAAGAUGCCAUCGCCACCUGGAGAACGAAGCAAGGCCUGCCAUGUGUAUCCAUCGACCUGGCGACUGUCAAGUCUGUCGGAUACGUCGACCAGAACGCCGGUGUUCGUGCUCGUAUGGCCAAGCUCGGCCACGCCUGGCUGGACGAAGACACGGUCCACGAAGUCCUCGCAUCUGCUAUCCUCAACCCUGCCCAAGCUCAAAUCGUCGCUGGUAUCAACCAAGGCCCUGGCUCACACUGGGACAGUGAUGGCUCUUCCCAACUUGGCCGUGACGCCCGUUUCGCAGCUCUUCGCUACCGCCAGCCACGCAAGCAAGGCGGUGCCGCAUCCUCGGGCGAUGGUGGAGACUCAGUCGCCGCUCGUCUCGCAGAAGCGUCUUCAGCAGGCGAGGCGGAGACCAUCGUGCUCGAGGCUUUGACGCAGAAGCUCGCGGAUAUCUUCAUGAUCGCGCCGGACGAUAUCGACACGACUAAGAUGCCGGCUGAUUAUGGCGUUGACUCGCUGGUCGCCGUCGAGUUGAGGACGAUGUUGACCCACAAGGUCGGCAGUGAGCUUUCGAGUAUUGCCAUUAUGCAGAGCGGCUCGAUCGGGGCCCUGGCGAAAGAGGCGGCUGGGAAGAGCAGGCAUGUGCCGCCGGCUGCGAAGUAG